AUGCAGUCCCCCGCCUCCAGACAGGUCCUCAUGGGAGCCAAAUGGAACUAUCGUGUCAUUGAUCCUCUUCAGGGAGAUAGCACACACAAAUCCUUGGCUUUCAAAGCUGAGGUCUUACUGGAAAAUGGGGUCUUAGAUACUCCUCAAUGGCUCGCUAUGCCUUUCAUCAAAGCAGCUGCGCCAAAUGAUCAACAUGCUAAAGAGAACCUGAAGUGUGAAUAUGAGAACUACUUUGUUUCCAGCAUCGCAUCGGACGUGUGCUUCCGGAAGAUGUACGACGUGAUUGGUGAUCCUGUGAAUAUCAGCAAUGGUGAUGGUGGAAGCAUAUCGUAUAUUGCUUUCGAGGGGCUCGAGACCACUCUGGCGGAUGUGCAAUACAAGCCUUGCAUGCGUACCUAUGCCACAAUCCGAGGCCAUAAUAAAGACAGUGUUGAGAAGCUGCACCAGCCUGGCUGA